AUGAAUCUCACAAAAUUCGUUGGUCAAGAUGAAGAUGUGGAUUUCAGUGGAAUUCAAACUGAAAACACUUGCGAGUAUGGCAGCAGACAUGUAGGAGUCAUCUUCUUUGAGCUUUGGUGUCCAUUUGGAUUCGUCUUGGAGAGAGCCAUAGUUCUUACCGAGUUGAAGAACAAAGCUGAACCACCUGAGGAUUGGGUAAGGGACUAUCCCAUCCAUGUUGCUCUACUAGAGCGUUUGCUCUCUCGAAUCCCUUUGGAUCCACCCUCGGCAAAAGAAUUUCUCGAAAGAGGCUAUAUGCCUUUGAAGAAGAAGAAUUCAGUUAGACUAGAAGACUUUGCUAGCUGUAAACGCAUCGAGACUGGUCUGUUUUCGACCAGUCUUCAUGAUAUAGAGAUCUUCAUCAUGUAUUUUCUCCUCAAGACACACAUGGAACCAACUGCGAGUAACCCCUCAUAUCUCACGGGCUUCUUUCAUCCUUUGGCUAGCGAUUAA